AAGAAUAUAUAAAUAGAUGUUGGGCAUGUAGAGAUAGGGUUGCAUAUUUUUCAUAAGAAAAGUGUAAAUAAUUUGAAGGUUAGAAAUUUUGUGAUCCUAAGUAAUAAUAUUUAGAUUGUCCAUCAACUUAUAAACCGGUUUGUGGUUAUUUCGAUAAUUCAAAAAAUAAAUAGGAAUUAACCUAAUAGACAUUUAAUAAUAAUUGUGAAGCUUGUGGAACUAAUAAUGUUGAUAGAUUUUCAGAAGGAGAAUGUUAAUGAUAAUUUUAUUUUUUUAUAAAAUAUAUGUACUUUCUUUUUUUGUAUAUGUUUAUAAGCAUAUUUUUUCUUUAAGUUUAAUAUUUUUAUUUUUUUUAUAAUUUUUUAUUUUUUUAAUUUUAUUUUAUUUUUGUUUUUGUUUUUGUUUUUGUUUUUGUUUUUGUUUUUGUUUUUUUUUUUAAAAAAAAACAAACAUUUAUAAAAAUUUUUAUUUUAUAUUUAAAAAAUAAUAUAAAAAUGAAAAAAAAGCCUAUUUCACAUCACACAAAAGACAAAGUCGAAAACGCAAAAAUUUAUAUAGAAAGUUAGAUAUAGUUUAUGUUAUAAAUAAUAUCAAAAUAAAAAUUAAUUUUUUGUUUGUUUUAGAAAAAAUGGAACAAAAACAACAAAAAAGAACUGAUUUUAAUUAAUUAUGGGAAUAAUUUUAAUAAAAACUUGAAAAUUUAAAUAUAUAAAAAACAUAAAAAUAAGAACUUGAAAAAGAAAUUUUAAAAGAAUAGUUUUAUACUUAUCGUGAAAAAUAAAUAAAACGAAAAACUAUAAAAGAUUAUUAACCUUUAAAAAUAAUCGGAAAAGGUGGUUUUGGAGAAGUUUGGUUAUGUAAAGAUAUUUAAACAGACCAAAAAGUGGCAAUUAAAAAAAUCAGCAAAAAGAAAGUAAUAUAAAGAAAUCAAACAAAUCACAUUCGGAUAGAAAAAGAUGUCCUUUCAACAAAUACAUGUAAAUGGAUAGUUCAAUUUUAUUGUUCUUUUUAAGAUAAUAAUAAUUUAUAUUUAGUCAUGGAAUAUGUUGAAGGAGGUAAUUUAAUGUCUUUUUUAUUACAGAAAGAUAAUAUAAAUGAAAAAGAGGCUAAAUUUUAUAUAAGUGAGAUUAUUCUAGCAAUUGAAAGUUUACAUAAAAUGAAUUAUAUACAUAGAGACUUAAAACCUGAUAAUAUUUUAAUUGAUAAAAACGGACAUAUUAAAUUAACUGAUUUUGGACUUUGUAAAAUUAU